UAAAAUUAACCGUUGCGUGGCAGUACUUGCAUUGUUAAGAAACUUUUAGUUUCAUUGACUAAAGAAUUCUGUAAUUUGCGAUGAAAAAAGCUGUUGUUUAAAUUUCGAUUUUUGAAUCUGAUUAACUUGUAUGACUUGUUUUGAAAUAUAAAUUUUAAAAUGAGUAAUAUAUACAUUCAAGAACCGCCCACUAAUGGAAAGGUUCUGCUCCAAACAACUGUUGGUGAACUUGACAUUGAACUCUGGUCCAAAGAAGCCCCUAAAGCUUGUCGAAACUUUGUACAGCUGUGUUUGGAAGGCUACUAUGAUGGAACAAUAUUCCACAGACUUGUUAAAGGCUUCAUAGUGCAAGGUGGAGAUCCCACGGGGACAGGUACAGGUGGAGAAUCUAUUUAUGGACAUCCAUUCAAGGAUGAGUUCCACUCUAGGUUACGUUUUGUUCGACGAGGCCUUAUUGCAAUGGCCAAUGCUGGGAAAGAUGAUAAUGGAAGUCAGUUUUUCUUCACUUUGGGUGCAUGUCCUGAACUACAAAACAAGCAUACAAUUUUUGGAAAGAUAACAGGGGAUACAUUGUAUAACAUGUUGAAAUUAGAAGAAUCUUUAGUUGAUCAAGAUGAGCGACCAUUGUAUCCUCAUAAAAUUAUUCAAUCAAAGGUUCUGUUGAAUCCUUUUCUUGAUAUUUUGCCAAGAAACAAAAACAAAGAGAACAAAACUUUUCAAGAAGAAGCAAAGACAGAAAAGAAAACCCAUUCUAAAGCAACAAAGAAUUUUAGCCUACUGUCAUUUGGAGAAGAGGCAGAAGAGGAGGAAGCAGAAGUUGAUGCAGUUGUGAAGGAGUACCGGGGGAAAGGCAAAAGUAGCCAUGAUUUAACAAAUGAUCCAAAACUUAGUUCAGAACCAGCUGUAUUGGCAGAGGACAUCAAAAAUAAUUCACAUUCUGAGAAGAAAUUGCCUGUAGAUCCAGAAACUAUACAGAAGAUACGAGAUAAAUUAAAGAAAGAGCCAACUGAAAAUAAACAACCUGAACUUAAGAAGGAACCAGAAGAAAACUUGAGUGACAGAGAAAAAAAAAGAAAAGAAGCUGCAGACAAAACUGAAGAAAUAAGAAAAGAAAUAAAGAAACUGAAAAAAGAAAUAGCUAGUGAAAGAAAACCCAAAGAAGGAAACACAGAAGAGGAGAAUAACAAGGCUGAAAAAUCUGAGAUAAAUGUUAAAGAAGAAGAAGAAGAGAGCACACUAAAAGAGUUUCAGAUGGAAAUUGCAAAAUAUAAUGAGCUGAAGAAAAAACUUCCAAAAAAAGGAGAGGGCCGAGAAGAACAGACCUUGAAUAUGCUAUCCAAGUUUCAGUCAGUACUCCAGUCAGCCAAAGAGAACUCACCCACAGAAGAGACUCUUGAAGAUGAUGGCGGUGAUGACGAUAGAGGCUGGCUUACCCAUGUAUUUCAUUUUGAAGAUACUGGGCCAGUCUUAGCUAAGGAUGCCAAUAUCAGAAGUGCAGAGUCUUUUGAGAUAUUUGAUCCAAGAAAUCCAUUAAAUCAGAGACGAAGAGAGUCUAGCAAACAGAGGGAGAGGAGAAAGCCAUAAUGGUAAAAAAGAAGAAGUUAAAACCAAAAAAAGAAAGAAACAGGUGGCAAAAAUUUUAACAGUUAAAAUUGUUGAUUUGUUUCAUUUAAACUUACUUAGGGUUUAUAUUUGGAGAAUAUAUACAGUAUCAUGAGAUACAAGGCCUACAAUAAAAAGAAGAAUGAAGUAGAUAUUUAAGAUUUAAAUUUAUGGUUACAGGAACUAUUUUAAGCAAAAGAAAGUUUUUUUUGUCUGUACAUCUUGGUGUUGAUGCAUGUUCACUUGGAAUAAGUUGACAUUCAAUUAUCCCAAGAUGGUACUAAGUAUUUCUGGUUAUUUCAAUUCGAAAGACUUCAGAGUACAAAAACUCUAUGACUGGUUAUGUGUGUUUAAAUUAAAUGCAGUUUCCUCUGUUUUUGCUGAGGUUCACAUUAAUUUACAAUAAAGAAGGAAGUUAAAUCUAUUGUAUCAGUAAAGAUAUAAAAGCAGCAUAUCCGAA